AUGGCGGCCCAGGAGCUCAGCCAAGAGCAGCUGGACAAGAUAUACACCUUUGCCGUGGAUUUGGGUCGAAAGGCCGGACGGCUCCUGCUGGAGAGUAUCGAGAAGCGCAUCGGCGACGGCGCGGGCCAGCAAUUCGAGGAAAAGGACAGCGCCGUCGACAUCGUCACCCAGACCGAUGAAGAUGUCGAAGCGUUCAUCAAAUCCGCUAUUCAGAGCGAAUAUCCCACCCACAAGUUCCUGGGCGAAGAAACUUACGCCAAAGGCCAGUCGCGCGACUACCUGAUCGAUGAGCACCCGACGUGGUGCAUUGACCCCUUAGACGGGACGGUCAACUUCACCCAUAUCUUCCCCAUGUUCUGUGUCUCCAUCGGCUUCCUCGUCAAUCACCGUCCCGUCAUCGGCGUCGUCUAUGCCCCCUUCCAAGAUCAGCUCUUCUCCUCGUGUCUGAACCGGGGCGCCUGGUUGAACGAAAAGCGCCGCCUCCCGCUCAUCCGCAACCCCUCCAUCCCUCCCAUGCCCGCCAACGCGCCGAGCAAGUGCAUCCUGUCCUGUGAGUGGGGCAAGGACCGCCGGGACAUCCCCGACGGCAACAUGUACCGCAAGAUCGAGAGUUUCGUCAACUUGGCAGCCGAGGUGGGCAGUCGCGGGGGCAAGGGGGGCAUGGUACACGGAGUGCGGAGUCUGGGGAGCGCCACGCUGGACCUGGCGUAUACCGCCAUGGGGUCAUUUGAUAUUUGGUGGGAGGGUGGCUGUUGGGAGUGGGAUGUCGCAGCGGGAAUUGCCAUUCUGUUGGAGGCGGGCGGUCUGGUCACCACCGCCAAUCCCCCGGACGAUCCGGACACCGCUCCUAUCGAAGAUGUGCGCCUGGGCAGUCGGUUAUAUCUGGCGAUUAGACCGGCCGGGCCCUCGGCCACCGAAACCGGUCGUCAAUCGCAGGAGCGUACGGUGCGCGAAGUCUGGAAGCGGGUGCGACAGCUGGAAUACACCCGACCGGGGGCAUGA